UUCCUCACACUCUCAGAUCUCAAAGAUCCAACGGUCAUCAGUCACCGGGAGCUCGAUAUCUGCUUGGUCUGAUCUUGUAAGUAAAGCGAAAAUGGAGGGCAAGGAAGAGGAUGUUAGGCUGGGAGCGAACAAGUACUCGGAGAGGCAGCCGAUCGGGACCUCGGCUCAGAGCCAGGACGAAGGGAAGGACUACAAGGAACCGCCGCCUGCUCCACUAUUCGAGCCCGGCGAGCUGACGUCAUGGUCGUUCUACAGGGCCGGGAUCGCCGAGUUCAUCGCCACUUUCCUGUUCCUCUACAUCACAAUCUUGACGGUGAUGGGCGUUGUCAAGUCGAAGUCGAAGUGCACGACGGUCGGGAUUCAAGGAAUCGCUUGGGCUUUUGGCGGGACCAUCUUCGCCCUCGUCUACAGCACCGCCGGCAUCUCCGGUGGUCACAUAAACCCGGCGGUGACUUUUGGGCUGUUUUUGGCCAGGAAGCUGUCGCUGACCAGGGCGCUGUUCUACAUAGUUAUGCAGACCCUCGGAGCUAUCGCCGGUGCCGCUGUCGUGAAGGGCUUCGAGAAGAGCUCCACCUUCGAGAUGCUGGGCGGUGGUGCCAACUCUGUUGCCCAUGGUUACACCAAGGGUCAAGGACUUGGUGCUGAGAUCAUCGGCACCUUUGUCCUCGUCUACACUGUUUUCUCCGCCACUGACGCUAAGCGUAGCGCCAGAGACUCCCACGUUCCGAUUUUGGCUCCGUUGCCAAUUGGGUUCGCCGUGUUCUUGGUGCACUUGGCUACCAUCCCCGUCACCGGAACUGGCAUCAACCCAGCAAGGAGCCUUGGCGCUGCCAUCAUCUACAACAAGCAGCAUGCCUGGGAUGACCACUGGAUAUUCUGGGUUGGACCGUUCGUUGGGGCAGCACUUGCAGCUUUUUACCACGUGGUUGUGAUCAGAGCCAUCCCUUUCAAGUCCAAGUGAUUACCGUUAAUUACGUCUCAAAUCGUUUUUAUGAUCAUCUUUCAAGCCAAUCUUCAAUCGAGUUUGUGUUAUUUUCUCAGAUGUAAUGCUUUUGUUUUAAGGGUAUUUUGUACGUAAUUAAGUUAUUAAGCUGUUAAUUAAUCGUGAUAUGAGCAAGCAAAAACAUGUGUGUUGA